CUGCCGCGCCCUGCCCCAGCACCCCGGGCCUCCCCGCGCCCCUCCGGCUCCCCCGGGGCCUCCGGGCGGGACGGCGGCGCUGCGGGGCCGGAUCGUGCGCCGGGCCGGGAGGCUCCCCGCGGGGCGGCAGGCCCGGGUUGCCGGGACGGGGGCGUCAGGGCCUAGGAGUGGGGAAUGGGCACCCUUCCGCCCCCUUGCCCUGGUCUCUCGCAGACGCCCCCAUCCCCCUCGAUUCCGGUAAUAGUUGAAUUUAUUUAUCCGUCUAUGCGCUCCGGGCGGCCAGGCCGGGGCGGGGCGGGCGGCCUGGCGGGCGUGGGGUGGGGUGGAGGGGCGGUGAGGAGUCAGGUGCAGCCGCGGCCCGGAAAGUUUCCUUUUAGGCCCGAAUUGGGGGUUGCCCUCCUUUCGGGGAGCCCUGGUCCUAGCGCCCGCGACCCCCGAGGGCGUGGGGGGAGAGCACUCGGCUAUUUUGCAACUCUUUGCCAGUUCCUGUCCAUUGAAGACAAUCUGCUUCAUCUUGAUUCUGCAGCAUUCCAAACUGUGGUAUCCUUGGGGUUCUCUUAACAUUGCUAUGGUGCAGAAGAUUUAAAAUCAGCUGAUGUUCACAAGGAAUAGAGUCACGUGAUGUAUGAAGGGAAACAUAUACACUUCUCUGAGGUUGACAAUAAGCCCUUGUGCUCAUAUAGCCCCAAACUGUGCAAGCAGCGGCGACUGAACGGGUACGCUUUCUGUAUCAGACACGUUCUGGAGGACAAGACUGCCCCCUUCAAGCAAUGUGAAUAUGUGGCCAAGUAUAACAGCCAACGUUGCACCAACCCCAUCCCCAAAUCAGAGGAUCGUAGGUACUGCAACAGCCACUUGCAGGUACUUGGCUUUAUCCCGAAAAAAGAGAGGAAGAAAAAGAAUGAUCCUAUAGAUGAGGUGAAGGUCAGGCACCAGAUGGAUACCAUGGCCUUUAGCCUGACGGUGCCCCCGUUGGCCUUGAAGAUGCCCAAUGGACUGGAUGGCAUGUCCCUCUCUCCACCCGGGGCUAGGGUCCCUCUCCACUACCUGGAAACCGAGUUGGAAGACCCAUUCGCUUUCAACGAGGAAGAUGACGACCUAAAGAAAGGGGCAACUGUGAGAAAGAAGUUGCAGAGCAAGUUGGCCCAGAAUCGGCAGCGCCAGAGAGAGACCGAGAUUUUGAAAGUCCGACAAGAGCACUUUAGUCCCCCUCCUGCGCCCUCACAGCAGCAGCCCCCGCAGCAGCACUCCCGCCUGUCCCCUUUAUCCACUUUGAAACCUCCAGCGCCACCGCCACCGCAGGGUUUAGUCUGCAAGUCGCCUCCACCUCCGAACACCAGCCUACCAAUGCAGGGAGUGGCCCCCACCACGCACACUAUAGCACAAGCAAGGCAGUGGUCCCACAAGAGGCCGCUGCCCCUCCUGCCAUCCAGUAGGGCUCCCACCGCGGACCCGCCCAGGACUGACCGGGUCCUCAUGAAAGCCACAGCCUUCUCGCCACACUUCUCCUGUAUAAGUCGCCUGCAGAGACUGGUGAAACUGUGCACCCAGAAACAUCAGCUGGACACUGAUCUGUUUCCCCAUUUAGGGUUGGACUGGUCGGAAGAGAGCGGAGAGGAGCCAGAGGACUCAGAGCAGGCCUCACCGUACCGGGUGGCGUGGUCCAUCCGAGAAACCCUCAGAUACGAGAGACAUACGUCCGAUGACGAUGAUACGGAGAGUAGGAGCUCCAGGGUGACCCAACUUUGCACUUACUUUCAGCAGAAAUAUAAGCACCUCUGCCGCCUGGAGCGGGCAGAAUCUCGUCAAAAGAAAUGCCGGCACACGUUUAGGAAAGCUUUGCUGCAGGCGGCCAGCCGCGAACCGGAGUGCACCGGCCAGCUGAUGCAGGAGCUGCAGCGGGCUGCGUGCGGCCGGACCAGCAUGAGCCGGACCAAGUUGAGGGCAAUAGAGCCAGCCGCAUGCAGUGGAACCGUGAAGGGUGAACGAUGCCCGAACAAAGCCCUUCCAUUCACCAGACACUGUUUCCAGCAUAUCCUCUUGAACCGCUCUCAGCAGCUUUUCUCAAGUUGCACAGCCAAGUUUGCAGACGGACAGCAGUGCUCUGUGCCCGUGUUCGACAUUACACACCAGACCCCGCUGUGUGAAGAACAUGCCAAAAAAAUGGAUAAUUUCUUGAGAGGAGAUAGCUCCCGUAAAGUUCAGCACCAGCAGCAGAGGAAACCCAGGAAAAAAACCAAGCCUCCUGCACUUACCAAAAAACACAAGAAGAAGAGAAGGCGUGGACCUCGUCGACCCCAAAAACCCAUCCCCCCUGCAGUACCCCAAGGGAACCUCAGCAUGCCCACCAGCGUCUCACUGCCAGUGGAGGCUGUUCAGAUCCGGAGCCCGUCCACGCCAGAGCUGAGUGCUGAUGAGUUGCCGGAUGACAUUGCCAAUGAGAUCACUGACAUUCCACAUGACUUGGAAUUGAACCAGGAGGACUUUUCAGACGUCCUGCCACGGCUACCUGAUGACUUACAAGAUUUUGAUUUUUUUGAAGGAAAGAAUGGAGACCUCCUUCCGACUACCGAAGAGGCCGAGGAACUCGAACGGGCCUUGCAGGCUGUAACUUCUCUUGAGUGCCUGAGUACCAUUGGGGUACUUACCCAGUCAGACGGUGUGCCAGUCCAGGAGUUGUCCGAUCGAGGAAUAGGGGUGUUCUCCACAGGUAGUGGAGCUUCAGGAAUUCAGUCCCUGAGCCGAGAAGUGAACACGGACCUAGGGGAGCUAUUGAAUGGGCGCAUAGUACAUGAUAAUUUUUCUAGUCUAGAGCUGGAUGAGAACCUGCUCCGUUCUGCUACCUUGUCUAACCCACCUACACCCCUGGCAGGGCAGAUCCAGGGGCAGUUCUCUGCCCCAGCCAACGUUGGCCUUACUUCUGCCACUCUGAUCAGCCAGAGUGCACUUGGGGAGAGAGCCUUCCCAGGACAGUUUCAUGGACUACACGACGGCAGCCAUGCCUCCCAGAGGCCACAUCCUGCCCAGCUGCUGAGCAAGGCAGAUGACCUAAUCACCUCACGACAGCAAUACAGCAGUGAUCAUUCACACUCCUCGCCCCAUGGAAGCCAUUACGACAGCGAGCACGUGCCGUCUCCCUACAGUGACCACAUCACCUCUCCCCACACGACGUCUUUCUCUGGUGAGAAUAUGGCAGCUACCUUUUCGGCAGAGAUGCCCAUCAUGGCGCAGCACUUGCUCCCAGCCCAACUCGAGGUGCCCCUUGGAGGAGUCGUCAACCCCAGAACUCACUGGGGCAGUCUCCCUGUCAACCUCGGAGAGCCCUCUCCGUUCAGCAACCUUCUCGGCGCGGAUGGCCAUCUCCUCUCCACUUCCCUCUCCACGCCGCCCACCACGUCGAACUCAGAGACCACACAGCCUGCCUUCGCCACUGUGACCCCCAGCAGCUCCAGCGUGCUCCCGGGGUUACCGCAGACCAGCUUCAGUGGCAUGGGGCCUUCUGCUGAACUCAUGGCCUCCACCUCCCCCAAGCAGCAGCUCCCUCAGUUCAGCGCAGCCUUCGGCCACCAGCUGAGUUCUCACAGUGGCAUCCCUAAGGACCUGCAGCCCAGCCACAGCUCGAUAGCCCCUCCUACAGGCUUCACAGUAACAGGUGCCACAGCUACAAGUACCAAUAAUGCGUCCUCUCCCUUUCCCUCCCCUAACUGAGCGUGUCUGUGUGUGUGCAGGCAGGCGGGGAGCCUGGUGUUUUCUAUCUUCGUUUCCUGUGUAUCAUCCCUCUCCCCCUUUUCCUAACGGAGAUUUUAAAAAUAACAGAUGGGGACUACAGGGGGACUCCCUUUUCCGGUUCAGCAAGUCGGCCUGCGGCGGACCUCGCUUCAGUGUUCCCGUGUGCCCCUUCGCACUGGUGCUCAUCCCCUCCUGGCAGGUUCACCCUCCCCCGAUGGUUUCCUUCGUGGCUCAGCACAGUGACUGGAUAGAAUCGAUUUUUAGCAGCAAGUCCUAGAAGUGGAAGAUACCUCAGAUUACCAGUGCCCUUUACUAUUUCCUAGUAUUCAGAUCAAUGAUUUCCAUUCUGUGACCAGGUCUUGACGGAGGUGGUUCUAGAGAGAAUGGUCCUAUUCACUGAGUUCCCGUGUAAGCGAUAGCAGAUGGUGCGUGGGGGGCGGGUCGGGGCUCUGACCCAGCACCACCUGCUAGACACCACAUGAGGCCAGGAUUCCAUUCCGAAUUGUGAUCAUGUUCAAUUAAAAAGAAAAAAAAAUUAGUCUUUUGACCGCCUGUGUGUGUGUGUGUGUGUGUGUGUGUGUGCGUGCGCGCGCCCGUGUGUGUCUGUGCAGGGCAGGAAGCAGCUGUCCCGUUGUUGUUGUUGUUGUUGUUUUGUUUUUUUUCCUAAAGAGGAUAAGGCUCUGACUUCUCCUUUCCCACAUCUCAGAACCCCCAUCGGGUCAGUCAUUCUUUCCCCCUGAAUUAGUGAGGUCUCCCGCGUGUAGAGAGUGGCAAGCUGAUGAUGCGAAUUGCACAACCCCGUUGUGCUCGGUGAUCGGGGAACGCAAAAAGCCGAAUUCACUUCGGGGCUGUGGGGACAUCACAGCCAGCUCACGUGCACCGACCACGCGGUUGCCGAGAUUCCAUGGUCUGGUGGUCACUUGGCCUUUUUAGACGCGCAUUUGGUUUCUCCGUCCCUCUCUCACGGAGGACCUUCCCAAGGUGUAAUUACAAAAAGACCACAUUUUGAUGUGAAGAGCAGGACAGGUCAGCUAGGUUUGGAAAGAUGGGAUCUCUGAACUCCUUGGUGUGUCUUUUCCUUUUGGCUUUUUCAUGUUUACAGUAAUGGUUCUUCGGUAAGAUUUGUAACUUGUCGGCGACACUUGUAGAAUCAAUGUACCAGUUGUGAAGUGAUGUGUAAUAUCUGAAGGAUACACAUUUUAAAGUUUCUUUCAAAGCAGAAUAUGGAAUACCCACCCUUUGGUACUUUUAAAAUAAUUGAAGUACUUAGGUUUAACUUUGGGGAAUUUUUUUUUUUUAAGUACCAGAAUUUUAGGGUUCAAAAAUCAUAUUGGUAGUUUAGUAAGUUGGUGACUAUGAAAUAAAUCUGUGAGGUUUCUUUUUACCUGCCUUGUCCCUGGCCCCGGCCCCGGCCCCGUCCCCCAGGGUGGAACUAGAUUCUAAAGGCGUCUGUGCUCUGCUUUUGCUGAGAAGCCUCACUGUCCCCUGAGAUACCAUUGGCUGUUUAUACCCGAGUCUAGUCUAAUUUACAUAUAUAUAUUUUAAAAGAUGAGUAGAGAGAACAUAUCUAUUAAUGAUGUGAUAUAAUAAUUCAUUUGUCAGGGAAUAUCUGAUCUUAAUUCCUUUUCAAUAGGUAAAGAUUUGGAUGUAUUUUCCUACUUCCUAUAUGUAAUCUCUUUAUGCCAUGCUAAUUCUAACCAGUCCCUUCUUUUGAAAGCUUUUCUUUCUCUGCUUUUUAAAGGAAUAAUGGUGAUCGGCAGGCAUUAUGCAGAUACGACGUGCCUGAGAUUAUGGAGGGGGAAAUGUCACAUGACUGUAUGAAAUCAUUAUAUGCCCUAUUUUGUAUUUAUUGACGUUUUCUUUUUGUGGGCCAAAAAUACAUUUGUAAUAUAUUUAGGUUUUUUUUUUUUAAUCAUGAUAAUUGAUUGGAAGAUUUAUUUUUGAAUAGCUUUGCCUUUUUUGCAGAUUGAGAAAUUUCUAAAUUAUAAAUUAUGUCACAAAGCAAAAUUAUAUUUGGUAUCACCAUAAAUUUCUAUUCUGAAUGGUGAGGACAGAUAAUUUGAGUAUUUCUCACCUGUGAACCUAUGUUAGUAAGCUUUUUUAUUUUAAUGUACUGUAAUGGAAUGAUUACGAGUAGUUACCUCUGCUCAGAAGUUGGUUUUCCUCCACUCUUUCCCUUCCUGUUCUCAGCAUCCCUAGAUAACCAUCCUGUUCCCAGCAGUCCGAUCUAGUCUCCGUUGUGUACUAAUUCAAGGUUGUAACAGAGCAGCACACCGACUGUCUUAACCUACCAGCCCUUCUCUGACAGCAAAGGGAACGUUUUGGGUAGUCGGUUCGAACUUCUCUGGCUCUUCGUCUCUCGUGGUAGCUGCUUAAAACUCUUCAGUUAUCAAAACUGAGUUUGCAGUAAGUUGCACAUUUUCUUGUUUGCAAUUUUCUGUUUUAUGUGCAUUGAAAAGCCCUUUCCUGCUUUCUAGUAAGGAGGCAUGAAAUGAUCAGGAAUGUUGCCAGUUUCAGCUUCACACCAAAAACUUCGAGUCAGUUCAUUUUUGUUUAGAUGCCCACAGGGAUAGCUGAAGAAGGGGCUCCCGUAGGAAGUACCACUGUAGGUUUGAGGAAUUAGCAAAAAAACAAAUUUGUCUUCUCAUUUUAUCUCCUUCAAAACCAGCAUCCCAGCUUGCAAUUUGCUUUGCUCUCGCGGCUUCUUGUGAGUCCCUUUUCGGAAGAGAGAAGAACAUCCUGUGAACCCAGAGAUAACCUGUUAACGUUUUUCUUUUAGCAAAUGUGGGGCAAUUCUAGUCUGUUGUUAGUAGGUUUGCUGUUCAUGUGUAGAGAAAGGAAUGAAGUGUCUUUCACUCUGGAAAUACGAAAAUUCGUGUCUUUAAGUAGCACUUACGCCUAUCGUAAGGCAGUACUGGAAUCGCAAACAAAAUUCACAGGAGGUCCUGGUUUGGUGGAAACUAGCUUGUAUGCUAGUGUGAAAUUCAGGAGAAAUAGUGGCAGAGAAGUUCACUCCAUAUCUGUAGUUCUUUGGGACCAUAUAUAAAGGCCAGUUAGAUUGUGUUAAUGUGAUUUACUUACACAGUUGCUGCAGUUUCAUAGAUACACUCUGUGCUCGGAGAAUCUGAAUUCCAUUCUAAGGAAUGAUACUGGCUGUGAUCUUAGAGCAUUGAAGAAGUGUUUUUCUCUCCUUUACUCUCUCUACAUAAUAGUUAAUAUUAUUUUAAUUAAAGUACUUAAGACAUUGAUUUUUUCCUCUGUAAAAAUGGCUUAGAAAUUUGCACAUCUGCGUAGGUUAUGUAGCUAGUAAACAAUUCACAAUAGUAAACAGCAUUUACACUUAACCCACCAAAUGACAGACUAUGCAAUGGAAAAAUUUUGUAAUUAUUGUCACAUAGCUUAUAAGGUGAAGGAUUUUUUUUUUCCUCUAGUAACCUACCAUGUGAGAUAGAACUGCUUUAUAAAUGACUUCCUGAGCAAUUUCAUGCUGGCAGGCACUGCAUUGUGUCUAGUGUCCCUCCACGAGAAGAUGAUAAUUUAAUGAGAAGCAAAUAGUAGAGAUGGAGAUAAAGUUGGAAAAUGUGUGUGUGUGUGUGUGCGCGUGCGUGUGCGCGUGUGUUUCUUUUCCUUAAAAUUGUAGUUAUCGUCUCGAGUGGCAUCAGGCUAAAGAAAGUGAAUACUUUAUCCUUGCCAAAUAAUUAUUUAUAAGAUUUAUUUCUUCAAUAAGCCCAGUCUCAACUGCAAGCUAAGAAUCCUCACUUUCUGUGACUUAACACUAAAGCUUUUCCUUAUCCGAGCUCACUCGCAGUCCAUGAUCCCAACCCAGAGGCAAAGACCGUGCUUUGAUUUGGACGGAAACGGUGUCUGUGAUCCAUCCCCAUGCCCAGUUUGUAAGCUUUCUUCUUACGUGAAAGAAUUUAUGUUACUCUUGACCUAUACUGUUCAGUUUUGUUUUGGUUUUAUAUUUUAAGUAGGCUUCACGCCCAGCGUGGGGCUUGAACUCACAACCCUGAGUUCAAAAGUCACAUGCUCUACCGGCUGAACCAGCCACAUACCCCGGUACCAUUCAGUUUGUAUCAGUUGGCCCUAGACUUGGAGCCUGUGUAGGUAACUCCCAUCAGAGUUACCUAGGGAGGCAAGGGACAUUGCCCUCGCGUCACGGGGGUGGUGAUGGCGGUCAUGGUAGGCUGCGUCGGCAGUGUUCUUGUGAGCUGGUCGAGCGCCUUUUCUCCAUGUUCUGUAGGUGGUUGUGGAUUGGGAUUGCACAAAGAUGAGGCUAUUCUUAACACUAAACUAAUUAUUUAAUAGGUUUGGAAUUCAUUUAAAAAAUAUCUAGGUAUCUAGUUUCCAGAUUCUUCAACCUCUUUCUUUUUAGCCUUUUAACAUUCUACUAAAUUCUGUUUUUAAUCUGGUAUAUAUAGAUUAAUCUAAUACAGUGGUCUUCUCCACGGUCAGCAGAACUGUGCGGGUGAAAGAGGCGAUUUCAAAGAUCCCUUGGAAGAAAAUGUGGUCAUACUGAAUAGUCUUCAUCUGUAUCUCUUUCAUCACCAACACCUACAUCAUUCCAAGGAUCUAUUCCUGAUGAGAAAUACAUUUCUUGGGGGUGAGGUGGGAGGUGGACAUAUAUGUGUGACAGAACAUAGUUUUUUUUUCUUUUUCCCUCCCACAGUACAUUGAAAAUACGGACUCGUCACUGGCAUUCUGUAGAAAGGUGAAAGAAUGACAUCUUAGUAUCUGGAGCCUUGUGAGCUUUCCAGUAUCCUAUUCUGGAGGGAACCAGAAUCCAUGCUUAGUAGACUAAAGUAACAUUUUAAAUGCUAUCUUUGAUUUGAAAUAGAUUUGAAAAAUCUAUUUUAUUUUGAAAAAGAUGUGAAAUAAAAUACCAGUGAAGAACCUAUUUGAGUAUCUGUCUGUUAAGCAUUUCCCCCUGACCAAUAAGUUAGGGAAAAAAACCCUAAAAUACAAGUGAGUAAUUAUGUCUCCUAAUAGCCAGUGUCAUUAACGCAAAAAUCGUGGGGCCGACUUGGAGAGCCUCAUUUCUGUAGCAAAAAGUCUCCCUUCAGCUCUAAUUUCUUUUCGCUUCCCUCUCUCUGCGCUGUGAUACAGAGCCACGAAAGGACAGGUGGCAUUUCAGAGAGAGCAAAUUUGGUAUGACUUUCUUUAGCGGAAACCAGGUUCCCAUAUCUUGGGAAUGUUUGACUACUUGAGUGGCGGAGUUUGGGGGAAUCUAAAAUUGAGUCUGAAAAACAAUGUUGUAAGAGAAAAGCUUCCUAACUCUUGGUAACCUUUGUCGGGCAGCCCAGCUCCCCAUCCCCUUUCCCUCCUGCCUGCGGCCUCAGUGCCCACCCCCCCGUCCCCCCACCCAGGUCCUCACGUCUGCACACACACCCCUGACCUGCCCUGAUCCUGGCCUAAGAGUAAUAGAAGCUGCCUCUUUCACUUGUUUUGUUUCGUUUGUUUCUGUUUGUUUUUUUGUUUUUGUUUAUUUUUGAGCUGGGGACCACUGAUGUAAGCUCUGUGUGCACCCAGAGUUCCCCUUGGAAAGAUGUUCACCAUUCAGUGCAGCGAAAUGCCACACCAUUGCUUUUGCUUGGGGGAAUAGACUGAUUUGCCCUGAACUGACUCCACCCGGUGUCGCUAAGGCCCCGUCGGCUCCAGCAGCAGAUGCGUGUGCAAGUGAUGGGACGUUGGAUGCUUGGGACGUGGUCUUCAUCUGCUCAGAAGGGUUGAAAUCAGUCUCUCUUCACAGUCAUUGUUCUUUUCACUGUAUAGUGUUGAGUAUGUCUCAGGGAUUCCUUGUGGAAAUUAGGGCAGUUUUUAAAAUAAGAAAAUAGUUUUAAAAGUAACUAAAGGUGACUCAUCAUUGAAGAGAGCGCAAGAAAGAGAAAACGUUUGGUUCCAUAGCCCACCGUGUCUCGCGUAGGAUUUUCCCUUGCUCCUUCAGCCUCUCCUCUCCGCUUCAGCAAACAGAAUCCUUUCCCAUCACGCACAGCUUUAAAAGUUUUAUUUAAAAGUUUCCUUCCCCGAUGAGCUUUCAGAAUACUUAUUGUAGAUUUUAAGAGAAAAGGUAUAUUAAUUUAUACUAUUAACAUCACCUCAUAAAUUAUAAGUUUUAUACUAAAGCUGUAUUGAGUGUAAUGAAUUACGUUGCCUAUGUGUUUUAAUAGCUGAAAAAAUUAUAUAUGAGCUUUUUUUUUUUUUUUUUUU